UAUUCAAAAUCUCCAACGGUUAAAUAUCGCCACGAUCUUACGAAUAAUAAAAUUCAUCCAGCGAAAAUAAUGGCAUCGCCACCGGUCAAGUUCACCACGAGCAAAGCCAUCGACCACUUUAAUGCAGGGGCAACAUUGAUGAAAAUUACGGGAUAUGUCGAUUGCAUCGAAGGCACCAGAGAACUGCCCAAAUCACCAUCGAAGUGGAUUUACAAAUGUAUCUUGAACAAUAACGAUCAAAAGAGGGUUAGAAUCAUUUUUUGGGGAGACGACGCCCUCAAAUACAAGAAAGAAAUUUCCAUGUAUCAGAUCCUGAAGAUCACAGGUGGAGUAAUCAAAGAAGCUAACCCCACUUAUCGCCGAUCAGGAGAUACCGUGAGCAGUAAAGAAUUCCAGUUCGGACGUGGAAGCACUCUGGAAAUUCUUGGGACAUUUGAUGUUGCCAACGGUGCUUCCGACGAAAAGAAGGAAGUUGCCACAUUCGAACGUAUCGAAAUGAAAGACGUGUGCACAGCGAGCUCACCGGUUAUCGUUUCCGGAUGGUUAAAGGAACAUUUCAGGAGCGUAAACAUUGCUAACGGGGCCAGCUACAGAUGUGGCAUGAUUUGCACAGAUGUGUACAGGAUGACGGUACAUGUGACGACAUUUGUACCCAGACCUGAUUUUGUGGAAGGGAUGAAGCUUGAUGUCAAGGGGACCAUUGAUCGUCGUGCGGAUGCAUUUGUUAUAAAUGUUAAAUCUAUGGAAGAAAUUACAGUUGUCCCUUUCGCUCCAAUGAUGACGGAGGACCAAAUGGACGAUGCAGUUGAGUCACCCCCUUUGACUUCCAAACGAGAUGCAGGUGACCAUCCAGAAGACGAAACCGGAAAGAAACAAAAAGUAGAUUAGACUCAUUACGGCGCAUUUUCUCCCUGCAUUUCAUUUGGUGAUUAUUGUCCAUUGUUUUUUUAUGAAGUUCACAAAAAAUGACAGGAUGCCAAAAAAUGUUUUUCUUAAUAAUAGAACAGUUAGACUCAAUUCUUAAAUUCAUAAUAUAUCAAUAUUAUUUGGAUUAAUAUAUUAUCAAAAAGAUUAUAUGUUUCAAGCACUUUAACCGACAAGAAUAUCAACAAGAUUUUUAAAUUCAGAGGGUAAGGCAGUUUCAUUGACUUCAUUGGGACAUUGUUCAUUAAAACUGUUUAAUUGUGUAAUACAUGA